AUGGUGUCGGUAGCUGCUGAGGCACCGCCGAUUCCACGCAAGCCAGCAUGCGUUCUUUGCAAAUCGCGGAAAGUCAAGUGCGGUCGCGAGAGCCCGGCGUGCGGAGGCUGCGUCAAGCUAGGCGCAGAGUGUGUACCACGCGAAAACUCAAAGACACGGAACCGGAAGAAGCCCAAUGUUGAACUUCAACGAAGACUGGCGCGAUGCGAGGAACUACUCCAACAGUUCGUGGCCGCAGAAAAGCGCGAGAAGAGUAGCGAUGGUACUCGUACGGAGCCUAGUCCGAAAAGCGAUACAAGUACAAAGAUUGAGGAUCAGGAUCGGAGCCGGGAUCGCGAAAUGCAAGCGCUUGAGAACUCUCUUGGGAAGCUCGUUAUCGACAAAGGGUCUGUCAGAUUUACUGAUAGCACCCCUUGGGCCACGGUGUUCGAUGAGUUGCAAGCCAUGAGAGCAAUCGUGGAGGACGCCGACAGUCCUGCGAGCCUAUCGAGCCUACCCGAAACGACGACCAUUCAACAGCCGUCCAUUGCGAAUGAGUCAAACAUCAUGGACGUCAGAGAGCCCAGUGCCCGCAACCCGCAACAUCUGCAUCCGCCUUCGAGUCAUGCCAUGCUGCUAUGGCGGAUGUUCGUAGAUCGAGUCAACCCAAUAACGAAAUUCAUUCACGUGCCGUCCACGCAACGUCAUCUGGUCCAGGCCACGGCCACUCCGCCGUCUUUGCCGCGAGACAUGGAAGUAUUGUUCUUCUCGAUCUAUGCGUGUGCUGUUGGUUCGAUGAGGCCAGAAGAAUGCACAAGGUUACUGGGUCAGUCAAAAAUAGAGCUAUUGAAUCGGUUCUCGAAGACCUUGCGGAAGGGGCUGUAUCGUGCGCGCUUCUUGGAGAAGCCCACUUUCGUGCUAUUGCAAGCACUCGUACUUCAACUGGUACUGAAAACCUCACGAAUUGUUGUGAUUCCGGAUCGAGAGAGUGCUCACGCGAACUGGGUCAUGAGCGGCGUCUGUAUUCGGAGUGCCCAACGUCUAGGGCUACACCGAGAUGGCUCACAACUAGGAAUUUCCCCCUUCCAAACAGAGCUACGAAGACGCGUCUGGUGGAAUAUUGUGCUACUCGAUUUUCGAUUCGCCAUGGCCUCUGGAUUCAACCCAACUCCGUUGUCACGUGCUUGCAGCUGCAAAAUGCCCACCAAUAUCAACGACGCCGAUUUCGAUGUCGAUACCGCGACUCCCCUCGAAAAUAGAGACGGCCCGACUGAGAUGAUUGUCUCUUUGGUGGUUUGCAGCUUGUCGCGAUGUCUCACUCAGCGAACCAAUUUGAGCCAUGCCAUGUUCGUCGUCGAAAAGAGUGACGUGUCAGACGAGCUCAGUCGACUUCACAGUAUCGAGCUGGAGAAGUUCGUCGUGAACUUUGAAGAGUUUUUAGAGGAUAUCGUGAAGCGUUAUUGCGAUCCGAGUGCGGGGGAUCUGCAUGUAUUGGCUUUGCAGCUGAAAGCAGCCAUGGUCGACAAGAUUCGAAUCAUGGCAUGCAAGCCCAAGGGGGCUGUGGAGCCACCGCCUGAGGCGAAAGGGGACAUCCUGUUUCGUGUUUCACUCGAGGCGGCUGAACACGUUGCGAACCAUCUUCAGGUGAUGGAGGGUUGGAACUUUGUGUGGUACGUCCUUCAGUAUCUCGAGUACGACUUGUUCCUCCACAUGAUCGGUCGGCUGUGUCUCCAGUCAGCCGGCGACUUGGUCGAUCGAGCAUGGAAGGUACUGCCCAUCAUAUACCAAUACCAGGAAAACUAUUUCGAAAUGUCGGUUCACCCAUAUGCCGUCGCAGGAGCGGUUCUUGUUAGGGCUUGGAGACAUAGGCAGGAAAGCUUGCUCUCCCAGUUGGGCUACCUGCCCCCGACCCCAGAUUAUGUUCAGAGAGUUGAGCAGUGUUUGGCGGCCAAUGGCUCAGUUGGCAGUUCCCCUCCCGAGCUGAUGCCUCCUUCAGAAAGGGCUGCGCCAGAGCAUACCGGGUGGGAGGAAUCAGAAUGGGGAUGGAAUCCGCCUGGGUUCGGCAUUGAAACCUACGAUCUUGAGUAUAUAGUAGAAGAAGACUCAAUGGCGUGGCCUCCGCCUCAGUAG